AUGUCAAAGUGGGCAGAGAGCAAAUAUGAGGGUGAGCAGCUAGAAGGUUGGUUUCAUGGAAAGGGCAAAUAUUAUUUUAGUAAUGGGGUCAUCUACGAGGGUGAUUUUUUUAAGGGCGAAUUUCAUGGAGAUGGAACUCUCAUAUUUCCAAAUGGGGGAUAAUACAAAGCUAAAUGGGAGAGAGGGAAGAUGCUUGAUGGUACCUAUUUUUUUGAAGACCAUCUGAAAUAUGAACCAAUGGAUUGGAAAUAUUGUAUUGGAGAUGACAGACGAUUUCAUCAGGAAAUCAAACAGAGUAUAAAACCAGCAGGAAUCACUCAAAUGACUAAGGAUGAUAUUCUUAUUGAAAUUCCUGAAGGCACAUACGAUGUUGGUGAAGGUUAUUAUGAACCUGUGAAAUCUAUUAUUUACAGAUACGACGGUUCAAUCUUAAGAACACCAAGUGAACCUGAAGUUGAGAACAUUCUCAAGAAGUGUAGGUACAAUCCCAAGAAAGACUUUAUCAUUGAUGGCAAAGACGAUAAAGUAAUUCAGAAAAUGACUCAGAAGUCUUAGUGA